GUUUGGGUGCUGCUGUUUAGUCAUAGUCUGUCAGAAGUUGUUUUCAAGUCCGGUCCACUUAAUUUCCCCAAGAUGCUGGCGUUGAUUAACAGAAUAUUAGACUGGUUCAAGAGUCUUUUCUGGAAGGAGGAGAUGGAACUGACUCUCGUGGGCCUCCAGUACUCGGGGAAAACGACAUUUGUCAAUGUUAUUGCCUCUGGACAGUUCAGUGAAGACAUGAUUCCAACAGUGGGCUUCAACAUGCGCAAGAUAACAAAGGGUAAUGUUACCAUAAAAGUUUGGGACAUUGGUGGACAGCCCAGGUUCAGGUCCAUGUGGGAACGCUACUGUCGAGGAGUAAAUGCCAUCGUAUAUAUGGUGGAUGCCGCUGAUCCAGAGAAAAUAGAAGCCUCCCGGAACGAGUUGCACAAUCUUCUAGAUAAGCCACAGUUAGCAGGCAUCCCCGUACUAGUCCUAGGCAACAAAAGAGAUCUACCGAAUGCCCUAGAUGAGAAAGGACUGAUCGAGAGAAUGAACCUAUCUGCCAUACAGGACCGGGAAAUUUGCUGUUACUCCAUAUCGUGCAAGGAGAAGGACAACAUAGACAUCACCUUGCAAUGGCUUAUCUCCCACUCCAAGUCUGGGGGCCGUUAGAGCCGACCUGAGAGCUGUGGUAUUCCGUGAGGGUUUGGAUGUCUACUAGCAGUGUCCACAGAUUCCAAGGGGUUGUCAGAGUGUGUUGCUGUCCAGUCUCAUUUCUCGGAGGACACAAGAUAAUGAUCGUGCGAGUGCAAAGUAGGGGGAAAACGUCGGAGAGAGACAUGUCAGGGGAGUGAAUUUUGCUAUCCUUCAUUUUGAACCAUCUUAGGCAAUAUUGAUUUUCUCAGUAUACUAAGAUAUAUUUCAGAAUUGAUGCUUUGCUAGGAAUUGGUCAUCAUAUUUAUAUUGAUGUAUGGUGUGUUGUGAGAGCACUUACCUAGAUAAUGCUUUUUGUGGAUCUUUGUAUUUUUUUUCCUUUUUUCAUAGUUGCGUAUUAUUGUCUGUCUGUCUAUGUUUACUUAGUCAAGAGUAAUAUCUUCAUUAGCAAAGAAAGAAGAAAAAAAAAUUGUAUAUUGGCCUAUAUAUUUUAGAUUGUCUUAUCUGUUUAUUAGCAAAUUCAGUAUCAUUUUGUUUUAAGUGGAAGGUGAGAGUGAUUGCUACAACUUUGUUUGCAAUAUGAUCAGGCAGCAGUUAUAAUCAUUAUCCUUCUGAGAUACUGUAGUUGUUUUCCAUACGUAAGUGUAAUUCGGUAAUACUUUUUAUCCAGAUGAAUCUAUUCAAGAUUGUAAUGAAGAAAAUAUCAAUUAUAUUGUUUAUAGCAUGAAACUGAUUAAGUGGUGGACCUUUACUCUCAUACAUAGUGUAUGGUGACCCUUGAUAUGACUGUGUAUCAUUUGGUCAGUUGUGUGUAUGACAGCUCUUUUUUGUGUAUUCUGGCAUGUGAGUGUACCAAUGAUUAAGACCAUUUUUUUCUGUAUAUUGGUCUGGUGUAGUAUAUUUUUAGAUCAUAGUGAUUUAAGGAUUGUUAUGUAUAGACCGAGGGAACGAGAAUUAACAGUCCUUAAUUACAAAAUAGUCAGGGUGGUGGAAUCUGACAUCAGUAUAAAAUUUUGGAUGAAUUGAAUUUGUGAAUAACCAUUUAUCAUCUUUUAUAUUGUUGUAAGGUGCGGGUUGACUACUUCUGACCAUUUUUUCUCAAAUGUCAGUUGAAUUAAACAAGACUUCGAUAUGUGAGGUAACAGUCACUGAAUUCCUCACGUUAUUUUUUAGGAACACUGGUCAGAAGAAGUAAAUGUAAGAGGUGGUACGUCAGUUGAACAUGACUGUCAUAAUCCCUUUUCUGUGUGGUGCAUUACAGUGUUUUCCUGUUU